AUUUAGCUUAUUUUUCUUUGUGCGCUCCUGUUAGUUUGUUAAACCAGGUCUACUCCCAGAGUCUUUCCUCCUCCUUUCUCCUCCCUCCUCCUUUUCCCUCAAACCCACCCCCCUUUUUUCUUCCCCUCCUCCCUCCUAUCCCUCUGCAGGAGACUCUCGCAGCCACGGAAAGUUGCGGCUCCUGGUAGCGCCUUGGCGGUGUCCUAGUUGUAUCCGGCUGCCGCCAUCCCUACGGCACUACGGCACUUCGAAAAUCUCCCUCUCCUGCACCCUUGCUCACUUAAACCGGAUCGCCCGUGUCCAGAACGCCCCACCUAUGACGAUGCUCCUGGACGGAGGCCCGCAGUUCCCCGGGCUGGGAGUGGGCAGCUUUGGCGCGCCGCGCCACCACGAGAUGCCCAACCGCGAGCCGGCGGGCAUGGGGUUGAAUCCCUUCGGGGACUCAACCCACGCUGCCGCCGCCGCUGCUGCCGCUGCUGCCUUCAAGCUCAGCCCGGCCGCGGCACACGAUCUGUCUUCCAGCCAGAGCUCGGCUUUCACGCCGCAGGGUUCGGGCUACGCCAACGCCCUGAGCCACCAUCACCACCACCAUCACCAUCAUCAUGCCAGCCAGGUACCCAGCUACGGCGGCGCAGCGUCCGCUGCCUUCAACUCCACGCGCGACUUUCUUUUCCGCCAGCGCGGCUCUGGGCUCAGCGAGGCAGCCUCGGGAAGCGGGCAGCACGGGCUCUUUGCUGGCUCCGCUAGUAGCCUGCACGCUCCAGCUGGUAUUCCUGAGCCCCCUGGUUACUUGCUCUUUCCCGGGCUGCAUGAGCAGGGCGCUGGGCACCCGUCGCCCACAGGGCACGUGGACAACAACCAGGUCCACCUGGGGCUGCGUGGAGAGCUGUUUGGCCGUCCUGACCCUUACCGCCCGGUGGCCAGCCCGCGCACGGACCCUUAUGCGGCCAGCGCGCAGUUUCCCAACUAUAGCCCCAUGAACAUGAACAUGGGAGUGAACGUGGCGGCCCACCAUGGGCCGGGCGCCUUCUUCCGUUAUAUGCGGCAGCCCAUCAAGCAGGAGCUGUCGUGCAAGUGGAUCGACGAAGCUCAACUAAGCCGGCCCAAGAAGAGCUGCGACCGGACCUUCAGCACCAUGCAUGAACUGGUGACGCAUGUCACCAUGGAGCAUGUGGGGGGCCCGGAGCAGAACAACCACGUCUGUUAUUGGGAGGAGUGCCCCCGCGAGGGCAAGUCCUUCAAGGCGAAGUACAAACUGGUCAACCACAUCCGAGUACACACGGGCGAGAAGCCCUUCCCGUGCCCCUUCCCGGGAUGCGGGAAGAUUUUUGCCCGCUCUGAGAACCUCAAGAUCCACAAGAGGACCCACACAGGUGAGAAACCUUUCAAAUGUGAAUUUGAAGGCUGUGACAGACGCUUUGCCAACAGCAGCGACCGCAAGAAGCACAUGCAUGUGCACACCUCGGAUAAGCCCUAUAUCUGCAAAGUGUGCGACAAGUCUUACACGCACCCGAGCUCCCUGCGCAAACACAUGAAGGUUCAUGAAUCUCAAGGGUCAGAUUCCUCCCCUGCUGCCAGUUCAGGCUAUGAAUCUUCCACUCCACCCGCUAUAGCUUCUGCAAACAGUAAAGAUACCACUAAAACCCCUUCUGCAGUUCAAACUAGCACCAGCCACAACCCUGGACUUCCUCCCAAUUUUAACGAAUGGUACGUCUGAGGACAACCAAAAUGCAUUUUAAAAAGAAAACUGAGACCAAUCAGAUGGAAAUGGAGUUUUAAAGCAAGAGGCCAUACAUAGGGCUACAUCUUGUUAAUUGCAAUUGUCCAGGAAGGUUUUGGGCAAAAUCCCAAA